AAGAGCUGGCCUACUCUCUCUCUCUCUCUCUCUCUCCUUCCAUGCCUGUUAGGCUAUUACCUUAGUUAUACUUCUUCUCUCUUUCUCUCUCUAAAACAUGCCAAGUUCUGUACUUUGUCUCUCUUUCUUUCCUGUUUGCUUCUUGAAGCCUCAUAUCUAAGCCAGCCAAGAUAAGAGAGAAAGAAAACAAAAAAGAAAGAAAAUCAAAAGUGAUGAUAGACACGUCUUACCACACCCACAAAACCAUUCCUUCAAUCCAACUCUACAUGCCCACAUUCACAAAUCUUGACCUUCUCUUAGAAAACCCAAUAAAAUAAAAAUCAAGAAAACAAAUUAAGUAAUACCCAAAUAAGACCAUUUCUUGUUUUCAAUUCUUUGACACUAAAAUUGAAAAAGAAAUUUGUCUUUCUUUAAUUUCCCCUAAAACUAACAAUGACUGAAGUACUUCAAUCAUCCCCAUCUCACUUCCCUUCUUCUUCAAGCUCUUCUUCCACCCCAUGUGUCAACAAUGAUAUUUCUCACCAACAACUCUCACAUAGCCCCACUAGACCCCAAGAAAUAGACGAAGAAGAAGUAUUACAAGAAGAGGAACAGGAGGAUAGGUCCAUAGACAGGAAAGAAAGGGAGAGGGAAGGGGAUCAGUUGUCAAUUCUUGAACUUUUGGUUGCUGCUUUUAGGAGGUCCGUUGUUGGGUGUAGUAUUACUGCUACUGCUGGGAGUAAGGAGCUUUGCAAUAUGGAGAUUGGGUUGCCCACUAAUGUUAGACAUGUUGCCCAUGUUACUUUUGAUAGGUUUAAUGGGUUUCUUGGCUUGCCUGUUGAGUUUGAGCCUGAGGUUCCUAGGAGAGCUCCUAGUGCCAGUGCAACUGUUUUUGGAGUUUCAACUGAGUCCAUGCAGCUUUCAUAUGACUCCAGAGGGAAUAGUGUGCCCACGAUACUCUUGAUGAUGCAAAGGCAACUGUAUGCCCAAGGAGGUUUGCAGGCAGAGGGAAUUUUCAGAAUUAAUGCCGAGAACAGCCAAGAGGAGUAUGUUAGGGAACAGCUAAAUAGGGGAGUGAUUCCACAGGGCAUUGAUGUGCAUUGCUUGGCUGGGCUCAUAAAGGCUUGGUUUAGGGAACUCCCAACUGGUGUCUUGGACUCUCUUUCACAAGAGCAGGUAAUGCAAUCUCAGUCCGAGGAAGAAUGUGUUCAGCUUGCAAGGCUCCUUCCUCCAACGGAAGCUGCUCUAUUGGAUUGGGCAGUAAACCUAAUGGCUGAUGUUGCACAACUAGAGCAUCUGAACAAGAUGAAUGCACGGAAUGUUGCUAUGGUUUUUGCACCAAACAUGACCCAAAUGUCAGAUCCAUUAACUGCAUUGAUGUAUGCUGUCCAAGUAAUGAACUUUCUCAAGACUCUUAUUGUAAGAACACUUCGGGAGAGAGAAGAAUCUGUGAUAGAACCAGCUCCUGUGUCCCGUCUCGAGCCUUCUGAUGAGAGUGGACACCACAGCUCUUCUCAAUCAACUUUUCUCGAGGCCAAUGAGGAGUUCACCGAGGAAAUUGAAGACGAGAAAGUAUUUGUUUCUGAAGAACCUACUGUAGGGAGCCCUCCUCAGUCUAGUCAAGAUGAUUCAACUACCAAAUGUCAAAAAUUCCUGAAUUCUAUUGAGAACAUUCCUGGAGUAAAUCGGUCUCUGGUCGAUAAUUGUCCUUGUGAAGUUGUGAACACACUAACAAAUGAAAACUUAGAGGGUGGCUUUUCAAGUAAGAGAGGCGUCCUAGUAAAAACUGCCAGGAACAGAACUGGUCAAUCAAGUAACUCAAUUCUCAAGAAGGGGUCCAAAAGGUUGACUGAGCAGGUCAUGGUUGGAGCAGCAGGAACUGUAGAGAAGACCAAAGGAACAAGUAUAGUAGGCUGUAUAAAUCCUAGGACAGAGCUGUUUGAAGCUUGGCGGUGAACAGUGCCAAUGCUGCCAGCUGUGGGGGAUUUGCCAACUGAUGAAACAAGUUGGCACAUUCUGAGUGUGGGUUUCCUUUAGAAAUGUUGUGUAUGAUUUUCUGUGUGCUUUUUUUUCCUUUUCAUAUAUGUUUAUCGGUGUUCAUUAACAUGUGGGUCUUCAUGUUUAAUCUUUCUUUCUUAACCUGUUGUAACACCUCCUUAGUAUAGCAUCUAAUGAAUUGAAAUUCAUUGUUUCUCUUUCUUCAGAGCA